UCAUCAAUUUACAUUUUGUUUUGGUUUUUUAAUUGCAGUCAUCAGCGAAGAUCCCGAGUUUACAGAUGUCAUCGAGAAUAUUACAGUGCCCGCAGGGCGUAACGUAAAAUUAGCUUGUUCGGUCAAGAACCUUGGCUCUUAUAAGGUCGCGUGGAUGCAUUUCGAGCAGUCGGCCAUACUUACCGUUCAUAACCAUGUUAUAACGCGUAAUCCGAGGAUUAGUGUCACCCAUGAUAAGCACGACAAACAUCGCACCUGGUUCCUGCAUAUCAACAAUGUCCAGGAAGAGGAUAGAGGCCGAUACAUGUGCCAGAUUAAUACGGUUACCGCCAAGACCCAAUACGGAUUUGUCAAAGUUGUUGUUCCGCCCAAUAUAGAUGAUGCUCUGACCUCUAGUGACAUCAUCGUGCGAGAGGGUGAUAACGUGACGCUGCGCUGCAAGGCGAAAGGCAGUCCAGAGCCAACCAUUAAGUGGAAACGAGAUGACGGGAACAAAAUAGUUAUUAACAAGACGCUCGAAGUGCCCGACUUGGAAGCGGACUUCCUAGAACUGGAACGGAUUUCGCGCCUGCAUAUGGGCGCCUAUCUGUGUAUAGCCUCAAACGGAGUUCCGCCAAGCGUGUCGAAGAGGAUAAAAGUCAGCGUGGACUUCUCACCUAUGGUCUGGAUACCGCAUCAGCUAGUGGGCAUACCAAUGGGAUUCAAUAUCACCCUUGAGUGCUUUAUCGAGGCAAACCCGACUUCACUGAAUUAUUGGACUCGAGAAAACGAUCAAAUGAUCACUGAGUCACCAAAGUACAAUUUUUCGACCGCAAUGAUGUGGAUUGCCUGCCUGUUGUUUGUUCCCAUUUUUGCGGAUUGUACAGCUAAAAAAUCCAAUACCAACACACGGCUGCUAAACAACAUCGUCAGCUAUAUGACUGAAGAUGCCAGUGCGUGCGACAAUUUUUACCAACAUGCGUGCGGCAAAUACGCGGAGCGCCAUACCGACGACCCCUUCACCGAGAUCACACAGAUGUUAGACUACAAGGUGAACAGGAACCUCGUCCAACUGAUGGUUGAACUACACCAGCGCUCCCAGGCGCCAGACUUCAACGUGUCGAGUGUGGAGGCCAAAGUCCUGCGCGUCUACCUCACCUGCCGCGACGCUUCACAAAGCACGCGCAGUGCAGAGCACUACCUGAGACUGGCUCCUCCGGAUGAGGUUCUAACUUGGCCUCAGUUCACACCCCAUGGGACACCGUGGCCCAAAAAUCAGUUUAAGUGGAUAAAGACCCUGGGAUAUCUCCACCGAUACGGAUUCACCAAUGUUUUAGUGAACGUUAUUGUGACACCGAAUGUUCAGAAUAGCAGUGAAUUCCUAUUGGACAUCAGUAAGCCCAGUUUCGAUGGAGAGGGGCAACACCUGAACAGUUUCGUUGAUACACUCGGAACUCUUCGUGCAAUGAGUGUGCCUUCGAAUAGUGUACUACCUCUCGCGCAGAAGAUUAGAAGGUUGGAAUAUGCUGUACGGGUAUUAACCGAAUCAGACGACGAUGAUGAAAGCCAGUUUAUAAGUGUGUGCCAGUGGGAGCGCAGAACCGGAUACGACUGGCAGAUGUUCGUCGAGUUAAUAGUUGGCCAUCAAAUUUCUCCUAACUUCCGAUUACAGGUGCAGAAUUUGCCCUACUUUAUCGCUUUGAGACGACUUAUGAACUCGUCAGACGCCCAGACGGUGGUUAACUAUAUCAUGACCCGGUUUGUGCGAUACCUCCUGGAUGACUCAAUGGACAGCAAAGAGCCUAUCGAGUGCAUAAAGGAUGUCCGCCGUAGCAUGAAUCUCGCUUCAAACCUAAUCUACAAGGACCGCUUCUUGGACCCCAGUACACUGCAGCAGUACACCCAGGAAAUUAUGGAUGUCUUUGAGCAAUUGCGUCGACAGUUCCUGCUACAAAUCGAUCAAAACCGACUAGGACUGACCAGUAAGCAGAACAGAGUGGUCGCCACAAAGGCUCAGAAAAUCGUCCUCAACAUUGGCAACAUGCCUAAGGGCCUAGAUCAUCGUACCUUCGUUAGCAGACACUAUGAGGACCUGGUGUUUCCGUCGGUAGACUUUGACUAUAGUCGGGAACAUCUCAAGCUUCUGGAGUUUCGAAACCGAAAGACUGUAGCACAGCUCCAUCAUCCGGCUUCCAACCCCGAUGAAUACUUCUACUUACCAGAUCCGAAUACGGCUAUGAGCUCCAGCCCGUACUACUUAAUGCGCCAAAAUAUUAUUAUCGUGCCACACGGGACUCUGCAGGAACCUUUUUUUGUCCCGGACAGUCACAGCGUGUUUAAGUACAGCCUGCUCGGAUUCGUUCUCGCUCAUGAGCUGAUUCAUUCCGUUGAUACCACCGGUCUUUUAUUCGACAGUCACGGAAACAUUCACGACAUUGGAACACAAAUAUUAAGCUUACCGCUCUUCGAGGCAGGUUUUCAGUGCAUGAACCGUAACAAGACGCAGUUCAUUGACGAGCGUAUUGCGGAUAUUGCCGGUCUAAAUCUCGCCUAUUUGACCUACUUUCAGAACGCCAAAGACGAGAACCAUACAGACUUAAACAACAUUCCACCGCAAAGACUCUUUUUUCUCAACUUGGCGCAGUUUUUCUGCGGAGACGGCGACGAAUCUAACUUCGUUGAUCACGACAAUGACCAAAUGCGUUUGCAGCAAAUGCUGAACAGUUUCGUUCCGUUUCACAGGGCAUUUGGCUGCCAAAGGAGUUUUGAGCCUGAAAAAUGCCAGCUGUGGUAAGCAGAGCCUUACUUGAGGGUCCGGUGCCACAUACCUGAAUAUUUUCAAUUUAUAUUUUAUCUGUUAUAAAUAGACUUUAAUGGGAGAAAAAAUAAAAGAAAACAUAGACCUAAAACGUAAAAAUACACAGCUGCGGACUUUAAAAAAGGUCUGGCGGCUAA